CAAUUCCCAGUAGGAUAGUGAAUGCGUACUAUCAAGAAGUCUCAUAUUAAGACGAAACAGUUGCUUAGUCCUUCUCGAUUUUCUAUGGUUGUCUAGCUAAGGUCAGCUCAUAAUAUAAGCAAUAGAAUUCAACAUCCUCCACAAAUCUCUUAAACUAAAAAUAAUGUUUUGUUGAUGUUCACAGAAUUUUUUUCCAUUUUAAAGUAUUUUCAUGUUCUUUAGAACCUUUAACACGUAUUUUUUUCGAAAUUAUUUCUAUAGAAUUUUCGGAUCAUUUAAAUCAAGACCAGUCUGCACAUAUUGUAAGCAAUUAAUCAGUUCAAAUGAAUUAAUAGUACGAUCAAUAAAUCAAUUAAUAUUCCAUUCUGAUUGCUUUUGCUGCAGUAUUUGUCAUCGUAUAAUGAAAUGUGGUGAUCGGUAUGAGUUGGAUAAUGUCAGUCAUCAACCGAUAUGUUGGGAACAUUAUCAACAAUCUUAUCAUCAACCAGACUCAUCCUUAAGUUGUACGGAUCGAUGUGAAAGCAUAAAAUGUUUAAGAGAGAGUGAUCAUAGAGAUCUGGGAAAAUUAAAAGAACUGAGUAGUCAGACUUAUUCAGCUGAUGAAAAUACAAAUUUGAACUAUAUUCAUGAUAGUGAUGUUCUUUCAGUUCGUGAUACCGACCCUGACAUAGAAGACUUACCAACAGAAUCCUCAUCUCGAACAGACAUCCUAGAACCUGGUAACAGACUGAAUCUCACUGAUUAUGGGGUAAAGCAACACCAACCAAAAUCACCAAUCAACAGUCUUAUCGAUAAGCAAUUACAUAAAGAUGAAAAAUACAGUCGAUUUAACUCAUAUUUUAUUCCCCUGAUUGGUAAAGGCAGUUCAACAAUCGAAUUACUUCCCAAUUAUUUAUCCCAUAAACCAAUUCAUUAUUUGCCACCAUUAUCCCAUCAUUUAUUACAAGAUAACUCAUCAUAUUUACCAUGUAAUCUUUUCAAUCAGUCGUUACGUAAAGUAGAAAAUGCUUCUUCAAAUGAAAGGCUAUCUUCUUUACACGAAACUUCAUGCUCUUCUUGUCCUUUAUCGUCUUCGUCUUAUUCACCUUCUGUCCUUCCAAUCUGUACAUCUUUGAAAACAGUAUCUUCAUAUCUCUCUCCUGCAUGCUGCAGCAUAUCAUUUACUUCAGCCAGCACACCUACUUUCUCGAACACUUCAACACCCCUUUUAUCACUCCCACCACAUAAUUCAUCAUCAUUAUCAUCAUCAUCUCCACCUUCAUCAGGAACCAGAUUUAUGCAUAAACACUUGGAUGUUUCUCCGUUGAAUUAUUCAUCACUAUUAUCUAGUAAUAAUCCUUCAACACUAGUUGAUUUUGUAGAUUCAAAAAACCCGUUAGAACUUAAUAAAUCAAUAGAUUCAAACACUUUAAUUCAACAAGUACAACAACAAAAAAGAAAUCGUAAACGUCGAAGUGGUAUACAUCAAGUUUUUGAAAACGACUGUUUCAACAGUGGGACAAAUUUUUAUCUAGGCAUUACCACCAGACAAAAACGUAUGCGUACAUCUUUUAAACAUCAUCAGUUGAGGACAAUGAAAGCUUAUUUCAAUAUAAACCAUAAUCCUGAUGUUAAAGAUUUAAAGGUAUUGACAGAGAAGACAGGAUUGUCAAAACGUGUUCUACAGGUUUGGUUCCAAAAUGCUCGAGCAAAAUAUCGACGUAAUUUAGUCCGUCAAGAGAAUACUUCAACAUCUGUAAAUAAUAAUAAUAUCAAUAACAAUUUAACAAGUGGUUUAAUUCCAUCUUCUAACUGUGGUUCUUCAGAAAUGCUGGUCAAUUCGAUUUCAGAAUGUGACAGUCAAUCUAGUCAAAUCAAUCCAGAUGAAUUUACUAUAAGUCAAACGACACCAUCUUCAACAUCACCACAUAAAAACGAUCUAAUACAAGAUGAUGAUGAUGACGAAAACGAUAAUGUGGAUUAUAAUGAUGAAGAAGAAGAAGAAGAAGAAAGAGUAAAUGACACUAAUAAUAUUGACAAUAAAUUAGAACAUAAACAAAUAAUGCGUGUUUUAAAUAAAAAUGAUUGUCAAACAAAUCAAAACAUACAAGUAAAACAGUGUGAAAACUCUGAUUUAAUUGACUUUGAAGAUAAUCUUAACUGUUCCCAAUAUCAUGAUCGUCAUUUUACAAAUGAACUGCACAAAUUAACUUCACACAGUGAACAAGAACAACAACAACAAUCAUCAAUCAAUUUCAUUCCAUGUAUCACUUCAAUGAACUCAUUUACAUUACAUUCUGCCUAUAAUACAGAUAAUACGUUGUUAUCACAAAAUAAUAAUAAUAAUUUAUUACAUACAAAUAAAAUAUAUCUUGAUAAUGAACAUCAAUUAACUACAAAUAUGAUUAAUUAUACAGAUAAAUUGAAUAAUCUUGUUUUACCAAAUAAAUGUCGUCCUUUAAAUUGUUUUACAUUAACUAGAAUUCAUUAA